AUGAUAUCCGCUAUCGAGAGAUCCAUGUCGCUUUUCUUUUUAUGUUAUUAUUAUGCCUUAUCGACUCACGGGAUAUGCUCUUCACUGAGCCAGUGGAAAGUCGUCAAUUCAUUGAGUGAAGUUAUUCGCUCAAUUGUCCGGCCGGGAAACGGACAUAUGUAUGCGGUGACUAAGUUCUUUUGUCUAUUCAAAAUCCACUUGAAAAGAUUUAUACUGCUCAAUAAACAAGGAAAUGUCUUCCCUUUCGUAAAAGCCACAAGAUUCAGGAUAUUCUUAUUAUUUCCUUUUCCUUUCUUUCUUUCUUUCUUUAUAUCAUUUUCUUUUUCCGUUGACGUAUCAAUUCUUAGCAUUUUCGUUUCUUUCUUUUUCUAUAGUUUAAUGACUGUUUCUCUUUUUCUCUUGCACAUUCUUCAUAAUUCUUAUUGUUCUUUUAAGCGUUUCUUUUACAUUCCUUUUUUUUAUUUAAUUUCUUCAAACUUUCUCUUCCUUUGCAUCAUUAUUCUUCAAGUUUCUUUUUAUCUUCGUCCAUUUUCGUCUCUAUUACCUUACUUUCCUUCUGUGUUGACUUUGGCUGAACACCGCCAUUUCCCCGUCCACUUUCCGUUUCGACAUCACUUUCUUCUUGUUCCUUCUUUUACUUCAUUCCGUCCCCAUCACUUUCCCUGCAUUUUCCUUUUCAACACUUCAUCCUCCUUUUACAACGGCCACUCAAUCUCGCUGAAUCAGUCUUUCUCUUUUGAUUUGUUGCUUGGCCCUUUAAUUCGCUUAUUUCUAUACGUUUUUCUUUACUUCUUUUCUCUCCCUCGUCCCUCCUUUUGA